UUUUUAGAAAUUUCAAAACCUGAAAUGUUUCAAAUACUUAGUAAUGCCGUUAAUAACUCACCAUUAAAAUAUAAUAUUAAAUUGGAAGCAACUUACAUUAUACCAAAUACAGAUAUUAAAGAAAAUAGAGCGUUCAAAACCCACGCUAGGUGUUUGUACAAAGCAGAUGAUAUUAAUUAUUCAUUGGAAUUAGAUUUUCUUAAGAUAUUUCAAGAAAAAGAAGAAAUGGAACAUAAAGGAAGUGGGUUUUCAUUAGAUAGUAUAGAUGGCAUAAUCAUGAACGUAAGCCUAUAUAAACCAUUAGGAGGUUCUUCGUACAUUCCGUUACCCGAAUUUAUAGAAAAUAAAAAAGCCACAAUUAAUGUUCGGAAUAAUGAUGAUGAAUGUUUUAAGUAUAGCGUGUUGGCGAAACACGUUAAUUCAGCUCACCCUGAAAGACUAACCCAUUACAUAGGAAUACAGAACAUGUAUGAUUUUUCUAAUUUAAAUUUCCCUACCACAUUGAACGAUAUUAAAAAAUUUGAAAAAAAAAAUGAAGUAUCAGUCAAUGUUUAUAGCAUAAAACAGGGAGAACCAACCUAUAAAAAUAACGUAAAAAAAAAAAUUUCGAAAAAAAAUUUUGCCGAAUCAAAAUUCAAUAAAUAUAUCAUAUACCCAUUAAAAGUUUGCGAUGACGAAUUAAACGAUCAUCAUGAUUUAUUGUUAUUCGAUGACGGAAAUGGCAGACAACAUUAUUGUUGUAUAACUAACUUGACAAAAUUAGUUGGUGCCCAAAUAUCGCGGCAUGGACAUACCACAUUGUUAUGUAAGCGGUGUUUCAAAUCAUACUGGGGGAUCAGCCGUUGGGGUGUUACCGCUGAACAACGGCUUAAAAAUCAUAAAAUGAAUUGUAAUAAAAAUAAACCAACAGUACCGUUAUUACCAAAUCCAAAUACAUUUCUAAAAUUUGAAAAUUGGGGUCAUUCACAAAAGCAUCCAUUU